CCUCCUCAAUCCUCAUCCUCCCUGACGGUAAUCCUUUUCCUAAACCCUAAUCCCCCAUUUUCGUCUUUGGUAGAGCUCUGAAUUCGCUGAAAGAGUGAAUGAUUAUCGUAUUCCCCAAAUCGGCGCUCUUCUCUUCUUCAGUCUCAGUCCCAGCAUGGAAAUGGCGGCUCUCCAUUUGCCUUCGUUCUCGAUUCAGCCAUCUCCGCCAUUCCCAAAGCACCGUGUAUCUCUAAACACUACGCAGCUCAUGACCGAAUUCGUGAUGUUCCAAUGUCCGUCGAGGCGCAAUCCUCCAAAAUCUGGUUCCCUGAUGAUUAGACGCCGCUUAGUGAGAGCAGUUAGCGAUUCGGGUAGCUCGACGGAAGGAGCAGCAACUGAUUCUCCGGACGAGAACAUUGUUGUUACUAGCGAUAGCGCUAAUGAUUCUCCGCCUGAUUCUCAGGACGAGAAGGUUCUUGUUACUAGCGAGAGCGCCAAUGAUUCCCCGGAUUCCAAACCCCUCGUCUUCGUCGCCAAAUUGCAGGCGGCAAUCUCCCCUCUUUCGCCGUUCGUCUCUUCGAUGAAAAUAUAUGCUGGAAGUCAUAGCAACGUAAUCUGGUUAUCCACUGCAACUGCAUUCUUAUUGUUCGUUGCUGUGAGAGUCCACAUUGGGGUUACUCGAAAAUCGAAGCACAAUCGUCCAGGAACUGUGGCUGAUCUUGUUAGACGUGGCCAGCUGAGGUCUGAUAGAAGAGGCAUGUAUGCACAAGGCAUCUCCAGUCUGAAAUAUGAGGACCCGUUCAACAACCCUUAUGUGAAACUCGGCAAGAGCAACUCCACGGUGGAAAUGUGUGGCAAGGUUUAUAAGUUGUCCCCAGUUACACUCACCCCAGAAGAGCAAGCUAUCCAUCAGAGGAGGAGGUCGAGAGCUUAUGAGUGGAAGAGGCCGACGAUGUUCCUCAAGGAAGGCGAUUCGAUACCACCUGAUGUUGAUCCCGAUUCAGUUAGAUGGAUCCCUGCGAAUCAUCCUUUUGCGACUACUGCAAGUGAUAUUGAUGAAAGCAUGGCUCAAACUAACGUGUAUCAAAAGCAUGGUGUUCCGUUUCGUAUUAAGGCCGAGCAUGAAGCAUUGCAGCGGAAACUAGGAGCAUUGCAACAGGAUCAAAAGCUCAAUAAGUUCUUCAUCGAUAGUGGCAAUGCUAAAGAGUACGACAGAUCAUUGAAGUUACAUCCCAAGUCUAAUGAAGCCGUUGAUCAAAAUCCCUCGGGUAAUCAAGAAGGCAACUCGAGUCCCUCCAGCUCUAACAGCUCGUCGAGUUCCUUCAACAGCACUUCACCCUCUGAUGAACCGCAGAAACUAUGAGUAGCUUUUGCCAUUUACCAAUUAUGCGCUAUCCGUUUUGUUUCUUUGCAAUCCACUGUGGUCCUUCGCUAUGUGAAGCCGUGUAGCUGUCCUUUCAAUUGCUGUAGCUCACUUUUGUAUGGGAUUGUAGCUUCACUAGCUCAGUUGUAUGGAAAUGUAUAUA